AUGUCCCUCAUUGUGGCUGGGGCCACAGGGGCUAUUGGUCGAUGCGUCGUCCGUGAGGCGCUGAAAAGGGAGGAGUUUGAGCGGGUCUUUGCACUGACGCGGUCAUCAGCUCUUUCUGAUCCCGCUGCUCUCUUUGGGCUUACCGUUGUCAUGGACGCAUCGGAGGCAAAAGUCCCGGACGCAAUAACGAAGGAGCAGUUGAAGCGACUUUUGGCUGUGACAUUUGACUGGGAGAAGUUCUUGCUUUUCUGGCAGGGGCUUAAGGCGCAAAAGGCAAGCCGAGCGGCGAACACAUCGGCAUCCACCGUGACCGUGGGCAAUGAUGGGGUUGAGGCGACGCAUUACAAAGAGAUUUUUGGCGGUCAUAAGUACGGCGCGAUGUGCCUUGGUACCACACGUCGGGAUGCGGGAAGUGCGGUGGCUUUUGAGCGAUGCGACUACGAUUAUGUUGUCGCCUUUGCUGAGGCUCUGCGUGAGUUCAGCGGCUCCACUCUUGUCACCUACGCGCAGAUGAGCGCACAGUUUGCAAACGAGGAUUCGUGGUUACUUUACAGCAAAACAAAAGGACGCGCUGAUGCUGCCGUCGAGAAGCUGGGGUUUCCGCAUUUGUGCAUAUACCGCCCCGGCCUGCUGGAUCGCGGUGCAAAGACACGCUUCAAUGAAAAGAUUGCAAAGUGGUUUGUGAGUGGCCUGCCCGUUGAGACAUGUGGCAAGGCGAUCGUGAGUGAAUUUUUGCGUAGUGGCAAUGACGCGCUGUCCCUGUCGCGUGAGUGCGCCGGAAAACGAAAAAAACAGGCGGUGAAGGGCGAGAACAAAACCGAUGCGGAGGUGUUCAUUUUUGCAAACAAUAACAUAAAAAAAGAGGCUGCAUAUAUCAGUUGA